GGUGGCUCCGUCUGAUAGCUAGCCGCUGAUGAUCUGCAGAAUUUCACAGAUCCGCUUCCCCACUUGUCUGGAACACUUUGAUGGCGGAGACACAAUGAUCCCAUUUAUUGCCUAGUCUGUCCGACAUGCAUUGACAGUUUGCGUGGAUAAGAGGGCGGGCUGCCUCACGUCUUCGACUUGAAGUAAGACGCCCUGCCCUGAUUUGUUCAACUACGGCGAUUGUGUUUUGUUUUCUGUCCCCUUACCCCCACACUUCGGAGUUCACACCAAGAUGUCAGCUGCUACCUUGGACCUCACAGCGCCGAAUGGCACAAAGAUCUCCCUGCCUACAGGGCUCUUCAUAAACAAUGAGUUCGUGAAAGCUAGCUCAGGAUCCAAAAUCACUGCAAUCAACCCAAGUGAUGAAACUGAGAUCGCGGCAGUUGAAGCCGCUUCACCCGAAGAUGUUGACAAGGCUGUAAAAGCAGCACGGGCAGCAUUGAAUGCCCCAGGCUGGGGUGACAUCUCUGCCACGGAUCGGGGCAGAUUGAUGUUCAAGCUCGCCGACCUCAUCGAGGCAAACCAGGAGACUCUAGCCACCCUUGAGACAUGGAACGGCGGUAAGCCGUUUGGUGUGGCCCUCGGAGAAGAUGUUGCGGAAACGAUCUCAACGUUGCGCUACUAUGCUGGCUGGGCAGACAAGAUUCAUGGCGAGACCAUUCCGACGACGCCUCAGAAGUUUGCGUAUACAAUUAAGCAGCCCAUUGGAGUUUGUGGACAAAUCAUUCCGUGGAACUAUCCAAUCAUGAUGGCGGCAUGGAAGCUCGGUCCGGCACUGGCGUGUGGCAACACAGUGGUUUUGAAACCUGCCGAACAAACGCCACUCUCUGUCCUGUACUUUGCAACUCUGAUCAAGGAAGCUGGAUUUCCUCCAGGUGUUAUCAACAUUGUCAAUGGACUUGGAAGGGAGGCCGGCAACGCCCUGGUUUCUCAUACCGAUGUUGAUAAAAUUGCUUUCACUGGCUCCACAGCAACCGGAAGACAGAUUAUGAAGUCUGCGAGCGUCAACCUGAAAAACAUCACGCUAGAGACUGGCGGAAAGUCGCCUCUCGUGGUCUUCAGCGAUGCCGAUCUCGACCAAGCAGCAAAAUGGGGCCAUGUUGGCAUCAUGAGCAACCAGGGCCAGAUCUGCACAUCCACAUCCAGAAUCCUGGUUCAUGAAGAUGUCUACCAGGACUAUGUUGCAAGGUUCAAGGCGAUAUGUCUUGAAAACAAGGUCGGCAACCCCUUUGACGACGACACAUUCCAGGGACCGCAGAUCACGAAGGUCCAAUAUGAGAAGAUUCUGGGAUACAUCCAGGCCGGUAAGGAUGAAGGUGCCAAGCUUGUGACUGGUGGAGUUCCAUUCAAGAACGUCGGAGAUGGUAAAGGAUUCUUCAUCGAGCCAACAGUCUUUUCCGACGUGAAGAAAGAUAUGAGGAUCUUCCAAGAAGAGGUUUUCGGUCCUUUCGUCGCCAUCACGCCUUUCAAGACGGAGGAAGAGGCAGUUUCUUUGGCUAACAACACAUCAUACGGACUCGGCGCUGCGUUGUUCUCACGCGAUAUCGAGCGGUGCCAUCGUGUAGCCGCCCGCCUCGAGUCUGGAAUGGUCUGGAUCAACAGUUCGAAUGACUCCGAUAUCCGUGUUCCAUUCGGUGGCGUCAAGCAAAGUGGCAUUGGCCGCGAACUGGGAGAAGCUGGCCUCGCUGCUUACUCACAGACAAAGGCAGUGCACGUCAACAUGGGAUUCAAACUGUGAACUGGUCGAGUAGAGAAAUCUUGAAAGUUCAUAGCCACAUGAUCUAUUGCCAGUCCCAAACUUCCUAUUUGAAUUAAUCAUAGCACGACGGCAUCUGAGGCCAAAUCGGCGUACAUUUCUGACCAAGUUACGUCCUCUCGAGCAGCCUUCCAUACACCGCACAAAACCUCAGAGACAGUAUGUAAGCUAGCAAACCGCAUCUCAUCACGAAUAAUAUGAAGGAUACCCAGAACUGCUUUUCUGUGCCUUGGGGACUGAACAUGCGCACCAGCAACGAGCAAAGGGAAAAUUACACAAUUCAGCACCUUUGACGGCUGUUUCAUAUCGAUGAUGCACUCUAGACACGGCAGAACGUGCUGCUGUACGAGAGAAUGAGAGACUGGCAGACCGCAAAUGGCUCGAUACAUGUAGAUGAGAGCCGUAUGCUGGAACGCACGAAUUAGAGUGAAAUCGUUGUUUGCCUCUGAGUCCGGAUCGACAUCUCCAGUAUCUGAGCAUGUAUCCGUGAUCUUGGCAUACAUUGGGGACAAGGCCGUCUCGAACUUGCGGAUAGUUUCCAUUGAGAGUUGCUCGGUGCCGUUGUUCAGAGCAUCUCGGUACUCUGUAAGCCGAGAUAUUUGCUGGAAAACUGAGGCCAGGGAUGAGCGCCCAAGGAUGUCUCUUCCCCACCAUACGGAUCUCUUCUCAAUUGUAUCCCAUAUUUCAUGAGGGAACGAGGGUUUCCCUCCCUUGAGCAUGAUCGUUGUGAGAUCCGUUGACGCAAAUUCGGAGAGGAGCAUGUGGAUCGAUUCAUGACUCGUCUCCAGAACCGGGAGAAUGCCCCCGAGACUGUCGAUGAUUGCCUUAACGCCCCCAUGGUGACUUGACGUUGAGGCAGACGCCUGAGCGCAUUCAAGGUAUCCGUCGUGGAAAUAAAGUAAGAGCACAGCGAGCAACAGGGUCAUGAGUGAACUCUUAUCGACCAUGUGAGCGCCGCCGACCUGACCCCGAACGGCCGCGAGACACUCGAGUCGCUUCAUGCGGAGAAGACUGCGGCUGUUCCUCCCAUCCUGGAGAACCCGGUGCGCAUCCGCAAUGACGCACGCCGCGAGAAGUACGACUCGAUGCUCGAGGGCCUGUAAGAUUGGAGCCGCGCAUGGUUCCGGGGCCGUCGUGAAGAGCGGCCACAGGCGGUGAUGGAAGUAGUCCAGGGCGCGCCGUUCGUCUGAAGCUAGACAGGACGCGAGCUGCGCGUCUCUGGUGGCGAUCUGGUAGAUGGCCGGAGCCUUGAUCGUGGGCCGCGUGCUCCAUUUCAGGCGGCGAGCGUUGAAGUCGCAAUCAGCCCCAAUCUUGGCGCAACGAUUGCACCGGGGCUUUGUCAGGUCGCACUUGAUGCGGCGCUUCUUGCAGGGCCAACAAGAUCCCUCGACUACCCUGACUCUGUUUGUGGGCAUCUUUGGGGCUCCAACGGUCAAGAGACGGCUAGCUAGAUGCUUUAUAAGGCUGCGUCAAUGUCGAAUUGGGUACUAGUAAGCUCUCGGCGACGUUCGCGAUAGCAGAUAGUGACGAGUGAGUGGAGAUCCAAGCCUGAUGUUGUGGUUUGCUAUCAGCAGGGUUCGGAUUCCCGUCUGGUAUCAAGGCCCCCUCCUCCCAAGUGCUCGAGAAGGAUUCGGUAGAUGGGGGAGC